AUGGUAGAACCUAAACAGAUCUCCGUUCAUCACGCUCUCGGUGCCGGCAUAGUUGCUGAUGUGCUGCUAUGGAAGAAUUGGCGUGGAGGAGUUGCGGUGCUGAGUUCGGCGACGACAUUGUGGUAUCUGUUUGAGCGAGCCGGUUAUAACUUCUUGUCGUUUGUGGCUAAUGUGAUUUUGCUUCUUGUUGUGAUUCUGUUUUUAUGGGCUAAAGCUGCUAAUCUUCUUAAUAGACCGCUUCCUCCUCUGCCUGAUCUUGAGAUCUCGGAGGAAACUAUUGGGAAGCUUGCUGAUGAACUUCAAAUUUGGAUAAAUCAGGCUUUGUCUGUUGCACAUGAUAUAGCGAUUGAAAGGAAUUUGUUGCUUUGUCUACAGGUUGUUGGUGUAUUGUUGACAAUAUCUUAUAUUGGUAGUCUGUUUAACUUUCUGACUUUGAUCUAUAUAUGUGUCCUUCUUAGCUUGUCUCUUCCUGUGUUGUAUGACAAGUACCAGGAUAGAGUUGAUGAGAAGAUACACGUGGUACAUGGGGUUGCUCAUCCACAUUAUCAAAAGAUUCACAACAUUGUUUUGAGCAUUAUUCCGAAUCGUGCAAAAAAAGAAAAGAAGGUGCAAUAG